AUGCCGCGAAACGCUCGAGGAAAGCAGCAACAGCAGCAGCAGGCGCAGGAUUAUAGUCACACCAAAUACAGUAACGAGAACCCUAACAUAGAGGUCUACGUGAAGCCCAAGUUCGACGAAGCUUCCGGAUCUGUCUCCGCGCCCUCGCGCAGGACCGGCGCAGGGGGAGGGUUGGGGGAAGGGGGAAACGCAGGGGGGGCGGAGGCUCCGGAAGGUGCGGCAGCGAGCGCUGCUGCUGGCGGAAAGGUUGGCGGAAGGACUGGCGGAGGGGUUGGCGGAGGGGCGGGAGGAAGCGCGGGCGGGGGGAAAUCCGCGGGCGGAAGGAAGCGGAGGGGCGGGGUGGCGGUGGGUCUGGCGGACUUGGAGCAAGGGCGGGUGUUUAAGCAAGGCGCGCCGUGCGAGUGCCAGGCGGCGAUCCAUCACUUAGUUAACAACUGCUUAGCGUGUGGGAAGAUCGUGUGCGAGCAGGAGGGCGAAGGGCCGUGUAAGUUCUGCGGCGUUUUAGUGCUUAGAGGGUCGGAUAGUAUGGGGGAUGCGGCGCCAGGGGUGGGAAUGGAGGGGGAAUGGGAGGAAUGGGAGGAGGUGGGAGGAGCAGCAGCAGGGACAACGGAAGCUGAGGCGAAGGCUCUAGCGUUUAGGGAUAGACUGGUGGAGUAUAAUCGUACGUCGGCCCAACGGACGGUCGUGAUCGACGAUCAGAGCGACUAUUUUAAAUCCAACGGUGCAGACGGGGACGGGGACGCUUGGCUGACGAAUGAGGAGAGGGAGAUUUUGAGGAGGAGAGAGGAGGAGAGGGAGAGGGAGGAGGAGGAGAGGAGGAGGAGGGUGGUUGUUACGCUCGAUCUGAUUGGUCGACGGGUUCUCGUGGCGGAUAGCCCUGGAGCUGACGUGGCAGGGGGUGGAGCUGUCGUGGCAGGGUCUGAGGGAGCCAAACCAGGGCAGAAAGGUUCUGAGAAGCAGACAAAGGCUGCAAGUGGGGGGGCAAGUGGGAGGCGAGGGGGAGGUAGAACUGGUGUAGGCAGUAUCUUCCUGAUGGGGGGCCAAGGAGACAAGGAGCAAGGAGAGAGGGACCAGAUCCCAACAAUGAAGCAGGAAGUGGUUUCAGGGAUAAAAGUGCUUAUAAAGGGGGAAGGUGGGGGUGGGGGAGGUUCGGCAGCGGGUGGAUCAGGCCGAAACCUCCCAAUUGCAGCUCCCGUGUUUGUUAAACCAAGCAGUGCUAACAGUAGUACCAAUGGUGCUAGUGGUACUGGUGGUGCUGCUGUUGCUGGUGGUGCUGCUGCUGGUGGUGCUAGUUCAAAUGAGGCAACUGGGCAAGGCAAGAAGGGCGGUAAGGGGAAGAAGGGGCAGCAGGAGCAGCAGCACGUGAAGGAGCAGGAGAGUGACAGAAGGAGAGGUGCUUAUAAGGAGGGCAUGGCGAGGCUUCAGCAUGAUUCCCCACUGAUGGAAGCUAUGAGGGAGAUAGAGGAGGAGGUGGGGGGGAGGAGCGGGGGGGGCGGGAACAGAAGGACCCGCGACCGCUGCGUGGAGUGCUUCAUUCGCCGCUCGCGCAAGACCGGCACGUUCACGCUGUUUCUGGGCGUGCCGCCGAAUUCGACGGAAAACGGCAAGUUCCUGCUCGCGGCGCGCAAGUGCGGCUGGCGGCCGUCAAGCCCGCGUUUUCUCUCGGCGCGGCGUCGCUGGCGCACGGCGGAAGCAGCAGCAGCAGCCGCAAGGUGCAUCCCCGCGGAGCCGCUUUUUCCGCCAACGGUUACCACCACUGUAACCACUGUAGCAAUCGGUGUGGUAACCACCAUUGUGGUUACAACUGUGGCAGCAGCAGCACGGGCAGCAGAGGGGCCGGCACCCCUGUCGCGUGUAACAGUAACUUGGGCAGCUUUAACGGUUCCAGCUGUAGCGGCGCCAGCUGUAGCAGGGGUAGCGACGGGACAGGAUUACUCGGCGCAGGUAUUACCAGCAGUAGUGGCAGCGGCAGCGCCAUUGGUGGUCGGGGCGAUUGUAACGGCGCAAAUGACGCUGACACGGCCACGUCAGCAGCGGUAUCCUGCAUCGGCAGCCCCUUCCCCGGAAGCAGCGCGCACAGCUGCGGGGGAGGCGCAGGUGGGGGAAGCAGCGGGGGGAUUGGCGGGGGAAGCGGCGGGGGGAGCGGGGGAAGCGGGGGGAGUAGCGGGCCGCACCCCUCCCCCUGCUACCCCUUCCCCCGCAACUGCUGCCGUCCUAGCCGCUGGUGCUGCCGCUGCUGCCGCCACCUCCCCGCUCCUCUCCUCCCUCUUCCAUUCCAACCGCUAUAGUCACACUCGCUACAGUAACCACUCGUGCGAUCUCCCAGAGGAACAAAAAUCGGAUGAGCAAGCACCUGGCCAAUCCCAGCCUCCCACGUGUACCUCCUCUUUCACCCCUUCCCCGCUUCCCCGCCCCUCCUGGCCCUCAUCCCCCGCUUCUUCCCCCGCCGCCGCCCACCCAGCUGGCGCAACCUCCGCCCCGCCCCACUUCCCCGCCCCUUCCGCCCUCCACUCCCCCGCUUCCCCCCCUGACGUGCUAAUUGCCCCCACAGGCUCCUCCGCUUCUCCCUCCCCUUCCGCUUCCGCCUCAGCCGCUCCCCCCUGCCCCGCUUCCGCCUUCCCCCCUUGCUUGGAGCUUCCCUCUUCCGCGCUGUCUUCCGCCUCCCCCGCCGCCCGUUCUUGCGCAUACAGGCUCAAGAGUGGGGAAGAGAUGGGUGCGGGAGAGAGCAUGGGGAGCAGUGGUAAGGAGGAGAGCGAUGAGCAGCAGAGCAUGCGAGAGGAGGGUGUGGAAGAAGGGGGGCAGUGGGAGAAGAAGAGUCAAGAGGAGAGCAGUCCGGAGGACGGGAGUUUAGAGGAGGGGAAUCAGCAGGAGGAGUGUGGGGAUUGGCCGACAGACGGCGCGUGUGAGCAGCAGGAGAGCAGUGGAGAGGGAAGGAGUGAGCAGGAGGGCAAUCAGGCUGCGACUCCCCCAUUUGCUGCUUCGUCUGCCCCGUCUCUUGCCGCCCUUCCUGCUGCUCCUUCUGCUUCUGCUGCUCCUUCCCCUGCUGCUGCGCCUCCUGCUUUCAAUGCAGAGGCAGAUGCGGAGGGUGACACUGAGGGUGACUUAGCAUCAGUGAAGAAUUUUCAGCUGAUAGAGGGGGGCGGGCCGGGGAACGACUCGGACAAGCCGGUGCUGCUGCAGUUCGGGAAGAUUGGCAAGGACACUUUUACUAUGGACUACAGAUAUCCACUCACGGCCUUCCAGAUUGGCAAGGACACGUUCACCAUGGACUACAGAUACCCGCUUACUGCCUUCCAGAUCACGACCGGCGCAGGGGGAGGGUUGGGGGAAGGGGGAAGCGCAGGGGGGGCGGAGGCUCCGGAAGGUGCGGCAGCGAGCGCUGCUGCUGGCGGAAAGGUUGGCGGAAGGACUGGCGGAGGGGUUGGCGGAGGGGCGGGAGGAAGCGCGGGCGGGGGGAAAUCCGCGGGCGGAAGGAAGCGGAGGGGCGGGGUGGCGGUGGGUCUGGCGGACUUGGAGCAGGGGCGGGUGUUUAAGCAAGGCGCGCCAAGGAUUGACAAGGAGAGGGGUUCGAGAGGAGGUGAGGUGGGGAAUCAAGGAGUGGGGUAUAGAGGAGUGAUUGGGGGAGGGACGGCAGGAGGGGGAUUGGAUUCUCGGGAGAAUCGGGAUAGGGACGGCCCGUGUGGCAUCCCUGCUGACCUGGCGGGGCUUGCUGACCUGGCAGACGAUGAAGCUGACGUGGAUGGGAGGUUUGACAUCUGUGUACAGACGGAUCAGCGGGGAGGGCUGCUGAGAGGAGUGGGAGGAGCGGGAGGAGUGAGGGGGUCUGAAGCUGGUAUUGAUGGAGGGAGAGGGGGAGUGUUGCAGGAUGGAAUGCUUGAGAUUGUGAAGGAGUGCCGUCGCCUUGGCCUGGGGCCGGGAGGAUUUUACCGCCCGAAAUUUCUCAACGGCGGGCAGAUGAAACUUCACAUGAUGUGUCUUGGGCAGCAGCACUGGGAGCCAAAUCUCCGAACCUACCAGCCCCGCCGAACCUAUGUAGAUGAUGCCAAACCUCCCGCUCUCCCCCUCUCCAUCUCUUCCCUUGCUGUACAAGCCGUUUCUGCUGCCCAAACUGCUGUCCGAGCCGCCUCGGGCAGCAGCAACAAAAGCAUCCUCCCGGACAUGACCCCCUCGGUCUGCAUCGCAAACUUUUACUCUCCCCGGCGCGGAGCCCUCGGCAUGCAUCAGGACAAGGACGAGCCGCCCGCAUCGAUCCGCCGGGGGGCGCCAGUCGUCUCCUUCUCCGUGGGAGACUCGGCGGAUUUCCUAUUCGGGUGGCAAAGAGACCCGGAGAAAGCAGCGAAGGUGGUUCUAGAAUCAGGAGAUGUGGUGGUGUUUGGGGGCCCGUCCCGGUUGAUGUUCCAUGGCGUGCCAUGUGUGCAUGGCGGGACGGCGCCUGAUUGGUUGGCUCAGGAGACCGGGCUGCGGCCGGGCAGGCUUAAUCUGACGGUCAGGGAGUUGUAG